AUGCGACAGCUGCUACGAGCUGUCCCUUCCACAUUGUGGAAGAGGAAUCAUCCCACCACUGGCAACACCCACUCACGGUUGGUGUUGUCGUCGUCGUUGACCACGACGCCAGCCACCACGACGACGACGCCAGCCACCACGACCUGCCGAUGGUUGUCCUCUUCGUCUGACGACGAUAGCAACAAGAACAACAAUAAUAAUAACAAUCACAACAAUAAUAACAAUGAAAAAACAAUGUCAGCUGCUACCAUCAUUCCUGGCAGUACCGGAAGUGCGUAUGGAUCCCUUGGUGACACCUAUCCACAACAGUUGUACAAUGCCCCGGCCACUGCCUGGCAGGCCGAACGCAAUGCGGAUGUCCAACGGGUCACCCAAAAUGCCAUGAUUUACGAACUCACCCAGCAACAGGCUUCCACCAUUCAAAAUGUGGUUCCCUGGUUUCUGGAACACAUGCCAGCCUCUUAUUUUCGUCAAGUGCCCGAACAAUUUCGCAUGGAUCACAUCAAGGCGAUUGCGUCCAUUCGAGAUGCCAAUAUGGAUUUGUACCUCAAUCUCAAAAGUCAUUCGCACGAUGGUCGAGUCAUUUAUACCUUUAUUCGACCCGGAACCCAACCCGGUACUUUGUUGAGCAUGGUCGACGAAUUGCCCUUUGACGAAGAAAAGCCAUUGAGCCGGUUGCAUGCCUUUUCGGCGCUCGAUGACAGCAUGUCCCUCAACAUGUUUGUGUACGGGAACAAACAAUUUCACGAGGCACGGCCCAUUGACAGUCCGGCCAUGCACGACAUUUUGGAAUUGGCGGCACAAGUCCAAGCGGGGACCUCUUCCACUAACAUUGCACCCAAUCCCAUUUUUGAACAGGAUGCCCUCUUGCAGUACUUGCAAAAGUGCAGCGACAAUUACUUGAACAUCAUUUCGAGAAUGCCAACACGAUUCUUGCAGCAACGACUGUUGUUUGAACAAGUCAGUGGCACGGAAGGAUGUGAAGUCAGUAUCGAAGACGCCGCACACGAAGGAAAGAAGCAUUAUUGGGUCGAUGUGGCCGUGGCCAAUACGAUUCCUCAAGUCGCCCUCCAACAUACCUGCCGAUUGCUAUACGUCCAAAACUUUGAUGUCAAGCGAGCACGACUAGAUGUCAUUGACGAUGGGGACAAUGGCAGUGUCACCUUGCUUCGACUAUUGGUGGAACAACCAGAUGAAGCAGGAAUGGACACGGAACAUUUGUGCCAAGAAAUCAAACGAUCCAAGUGGCUUGACAAUACCACCAUGGACCUGAUCUUUGAUACCUACCCAUGGUUGGGAGUCAAACGAGGUGAAAUCAUUACGGGAAUGUGUUCCCUCAUGCAUUCCAUCUUUGCCAAGGAAAAUCCAUUGGUCUAUUCCAAGGGAAAUAUCAUGGAAAUGAUGACCCAUCGAAGAACCAUUGCCCAUGCAAGUAAGAUUGCCGAUUUGUUUUUGGAUCGGUUCCAUCCCGAUGAAACACAACGCUGUUCGGACGAUGUUGCCUUGGCCGCUCGCAUUCAAGAAAUUCAAACUGGAAUUGAAUCGGAUGUUGAGAAUUCCGUCAAGAUUCAAUUGUUGAACAAGAUGCUCGACAUUGUCAAACAUACCUACAAGACCAACGUGUACAUGCAAAACCGUUAUGCGCUUGGCUUUCGGUUGGAUCCCAGCAUCAUGGAACCCAAUCCUACAGAGGACAAGAUUUACGAAGAAGUUCCCUAUGGAAUCUUGUUUGUGCAUGGACGUCGAUUCAAUGGGUACCAUGUUCGAUUCCGGGACAUUGCCCGUGGAGGUAUGCGGUUGGUCACUCCCGCGACCGUCGAACAAUAUGCUUUGGAAUCUGCACGACAAUUUGAUGAGGCCUAUGGUUUGGCAUUUGCUCAACAAUUGAAAAACAAGGACAUUCCUGAAGGUGGAAGCAAGGCCGUUUGCCUCAUUGAUACCAACAACCUCAAUUUGACCGCGCACUCGAAGAACUUUGUCAUGCGCAAGAGUGUCAAGGCCUUUACGGAUACCGUUUUGGAUCUUGUAGUGGAUACGGAAGAAACAAGGACCAACAUUGUGGACUACUGGGGCAAGAAGGAAGUCUUGUACUUGGGACCAGAUGAACAAGUUAUUCCAGAAGAUAUCAAUUGGAUCAUCCAACAAGCUGGAAGAAGAGGAUACGCGACUCCCGCUGCAUUCAUGUCCAGUAAGCCCAAGGCUGGAAUCAAUCACAAGGAAUUUGGAGUGACAAGUGAGGGGGUGAACGUCUACUUGGAUGUGGCCUUGAGACGAACACUUGGGAUUGAUCCUACCAAGGAUUCAUUCUCCGUCAAGCUUACUGGUGGUCCAGAUGGCGACGUUGGUGGAAACGAGAUCAAGAUUCUGAUCCGAGAAUAUGGCGAAUGUGUCAAGAUUCUCGGCGUCGCCGAUCACUCUGGUUGCGCGGAAGACCCAAAUGGACUCGAUCACGCGGAAUUAGUUCGCCUUGUGGAUGAAGUACUUCCGAUUGCAAACUUUAAUGCCAAGAAGCUCAGCGAGGAAGGUGACCUUCACUUGGUUGAUUCCGAACAGGGCGUAAAGGCUCGAAACUCAAUGCACAAUCGCAUUGUUGCCGAUGCUUUCCUCCCUUGUGGCGGACGUCCCAAUACUAUUGACAUUUCCAACUACAAGCAAUUCCUAAUCCCCGGAACUGGAAAACCAUCGUCGCGACUCAUUGUAGAAGGUGCCAACCUCUUUACGACGGAAGCUGCCCGCAAGGCUCUCUACGAAGACGCAGGCGUUGUCAUUGUCAAGGAUUCUUCCGCAAAUAAGGGAGGUGUCAUUACUUCUUCGUAUGAGAUCAUUUCUGCGAUGCUUUUGAGCGAGGAGACAUUCUAUGCAAACAAGAAACAGAUUGUCGAAGAAGUGCUGUCGAAACUUCGAAACCUAGCAAAACUGGAGGCAGAGCUACUGUUUAGGGAAGGCGACGUGUACGGUGCACCUUUGCCAGAAGUGAGCAAGAUUAUCAGUAAUUCUAUCAACACCGCUACUGAUGCAUUGUCUGCGGCAUUGGACACACUUUCAGAGGAUGAUCGUGAUCAGCUUCUUCCGCUCUUCCGUGCCCAUCUCCCAAAAACAAUUGCAGAUUUGGCGUUUGAUGAAGUAGAACAAAAGGUGCCAGAGCAAUACAUCAAGAAUGCGAUAGCAUCGUCAUUGGCAUCCAAGAUGGUGUACAAAGAAGGCACCAAAUUCAUUGAUGCACAGCCAAAGGAAAAAUUGGCAAGUGUUGCGUUGAAGUAUAUCCGCAAAGAGAAAGAAGUUGCUCUGCUGAUGGAUUCCCUUCGUGACGUCGAUAUGCCGGAUGAAAAGAAGCAAGAAAUUCUUCGCCUUCUUGACGCUGGUGGUGCCCGAACAGCAUUGAACUUUGCGUGA